AUGAAAAAUCUUAAAGCAAGCUUUAAAGCAAGCAAAGCAGCUGAAAAAGCAGCCAAAGUAGCAGUUGGUGACGAUAAAGGUGACGAUAGUUCAUCAAGCUCCUCAUCUGAAUCUAAAGUUGAUGAAACAGAGCGUAUGAAAAGAAUUCAAGCCGAUAUUGAGAAAGAAAAGCAACUGAAAAGAAAGAGGAGGCAGGAGAAGGAUGAUGAUUUGUAUGUUCUGUCUCCUGAGCAUGUGAUAGAAUCUCAGACACCUUCAUCUGGUGGUAGAAAGAAAACAAGUGCAAGAAAGAGUGUUAAAUCUCCAAGAGCAGCAAGACAAAAGCUGAUUCUUAGACUGCCCAAAUGUACACCAAAAACAAAACAACCUACACCACCACCUGAACCAUCUCCACCUAAACAACCUACACCACCUCAAUCACCACAUAAAUCUCCUCCAAAACAACCUACACCACCUCAAUCACCACAUAAAUCUUCACCAAAACAACCUACACCACCUCAAUCACCACAUCAAUCACCACUAAGACAACUAUCUCCUAUCUAA